AUGGCACAGAGUUUCCAUGAAGAAGUGACCUGUCCAAUUUGCCUGGAUUAUUUCAACUACCCCAUUUCCCUAGGGUGCGGCCACACCUUCUGCUCCCAUUGCAUCAUCCGCUGGGUGGGCCGAACUGAGCAGUCUUGUUUCUCUUGCCCCGAGUGCAGGAGAAUCUCCCACCGGAGGGACGUCUGGCCCAACAAGCAGCUGGGAAUCCUGGCCGGGCUCAUAAAACAACACAGUCCCAUCCUGGUGCGGACCUUGAGCAUGGACGACGACGUUCACAGGAUCACGGAUGAUCUCACUCUGGAUCCGGACACCGCCCACCCCUUCCUCGACGUUUCCACGGACCGCAGAAGCGUGAGAUGUGGCGAUGUCCUACGGGAUGCGCCCAAGCACCCAGGGAGAUAUGACGAAGCUCACCUUGUCCUUGCUUCCAAGAGUUUCAGCUCUGGCACUCAUUACUGGGAGGUGGACGUGGCAGGGAAGACCAGGUGGAUUCUAGGUAUCUGUGAAGAAUCCCUGAGUCGCAAGGGGAAAAUUAGUCUUUCACCAAGAUGUGGAUACUGGACCAUAUUCCUGGAGAGGGGAAAUCAGCUUCAAACUGGGGCCCUAGACUUGGGAACCCCUCCCUGCCGAGUGGGUGUCUUUCUGGAUGUGGAGAAUGGAAGCGUUUCCUUUUAUAACGUCACUGGCAAAUCGCACAUUUAUUCAUUCACGAGAGUCAGCUUUUCUGAGCCUGUCCGGCCUGUAUUUGGGCCUGGUGACCUGGAUGGGGGAAGAAAUGCGGCUCCUUUGACCAUAUGCCCAUUAGUACCCAGAUCUCGAUAAAUUCCCGAUAUUGGUGCGGGUGCUUGAGGGUGGGAUAGAAUAAUAAUAACAAUAUGGUAUUUGU